GGGUAGGCGCCGUGGUUUGACGCUGUCACGCUGCUCUCACGAUGAGCCGUACUGGGUGGCUGCUUGGCUGUGCCAGUCUUUCCGCGCUCCGUGUCUUGCUGCCCAAAGGCCCCCUAGAAGGUAUCAAGCGGCUUCUUUCCACAGCUGAGUUCAGACCUCGAAUAUGUAUUGUAGGCAGUGGACCAGCUGGAUUCUACACAGCACAACAUCUCCUGAAGCAUCACAAACUGACUCAGGUGGAUAUUUACGAGAAGUUGCCAGUUCCGUUUGGCUUGGUUCGUUUUGGAGUAGCUCCUGACCACCCAGAAGUCAAGAAUGUGAUCAACACAUUUACUCAGACAGCCCGCUCUGACCGCUGCUCCUUUUCUGGGAAUGUGACUGUGGGGAGGGACGUAACUGUGGAGGAGCUGCAGAAAGCCUAUCACGCAGUGGUUUUGAGUUAUGGCGCCGAGGACAAUCGGGCCCUUGGAAUUCCUGGGGAGGACCUUGAAGGGGUCUACACAGCGAGAGCAUUUGUCGGAUGGUACAAUGGCUUGCCAGAGAACAAAGAUCUGAAACCAGACUUGAGCAGCGAGACGGCUGUCAUCCUAGGACAUGGGAAUGUGGCGCUGGACAUUGCACGGGUUCUCUUGUCACCCCUUGAAAUUCUUCGGAAGACUGACAUCACUGAAGAGUCCUUCUCAGCCUUGGCCAGCAGCAAAGUCAAGCGGGUGUUUCUUAUCGGCAGGAGGGGUCCCCUUCAGGUGGCUUUCACCAUAAAGGAGCUGCGGGAAAUGAUCAACCUACCCAGCGUUAGACCUUUCCUGGAUCCUACAGAUUUCAGAGACCUUGGAGAUGCCAUUAAAGACAUCCCAAGACCUAAGAAACGUCUGAUUGAGCUAAUGGUCAAAACAGCUUUGGAAGAGCCACCAGAGGAGGUGGGUGGCCGCUGGGCUUCAGCACCCAAGGAGUGGCGAUUGAAGUUUCUGCGCAGUCCGCUGGAAGUGUUGCCCACCAUUGAUGGAAAGAGAGCGAGAGCCAUACAGUUAGCAGUCACCAGGUUGGAAGGUGCCGGAGGUGCUGUGAAAGCAGUUCCCACUGGAGAAGUCGAGGAACUAAGGUCUGGCCUGAUUUUUAGCAGCAUUGGGUACAAAAGCCUUCCAAUUGACCCUGCAGUGCCCUUUGACAGCGAGCAAGGUGUUAUUCCCAACAAUUCAGGCAGAGUUCUUGGGGCACCAGGGCUCUAUUGCAGUGGCUGGGUAAAGCGGGGACCUACCGGUGUAAUCAUCACAACUAUGAAUGAUAGCUUUGACACAGCCCAGUCUGUGCUAGAAGAUCUGCAGUCCGGUGCCUUGGAGCUCUCCGCUGCCAAGGAAGGCUUUGAUUUAGUGAGCCACAUCCUUCGAUCCCGAGGGGUCCACCCUGUUUCCUUUUUGGAUUGGGAGAAGAUCAAUGCUGUGGAAGUGGCAAGAGGCAAGUUGGCCGGAAAGCCUCGGGAGAAAAUAGUUGAUCAGGAGGAAAUGCUAGAAUUGAUUGGACGCUGAGACUGGACUUGCCCAAGAUUAUCAACAUGAUGUUCCUGCACCAAUCAAAGGUUGCAACAGAUUGUGCAGUUCCCUUUCAUUACUCUACAGAUAUUCCACUAGCAACAUCUGCAGGCUUUGAAUGUCUGAAUCAGUUGAGGGUACUGAAAGCUUGUUGAUGUCCCAAGCGAUGGGUUUCAUCUAUAGCUUGGUACAUCCUUGUGCUGUUUCUAUUGGGAUGCUCUCUGUUUCUCUGGAGCUACUACAAGCAGCUCCCAAACAGGAGCAGUUCUCUCUUUGUCAUGGUCCCUGUAGAAAAGGGGACUGGAGCAGGUAAAGUCUUUCAGAGUUUCAUUUUCAGGGAUUUAUAGACAGGUGUACGUGCCUUACCUGCUUUUGCAGGGAUUUGUGAUGGGCUUUUUUUCUGUGGUGUGGAGUGGGGAUUGAGAGUGGUGGCUGUGUUUUGUUUUAUCCUGGUCUCAUCUCCACAUGUACAAACCAGGUGAAGAAACUGCUGGGCAUGAUUUCCACCACAAUCCCUCCUUUUCCCCUGCAUUUCUGCUGACCUUUUGCCAUUAGAUCUGCUGACAUCAUGACAGCCUUCGUUGAACAUUCACAAUUAAAUGUGCAGAGCAUUCCACGUGCGCUGGGCAGCCUUACAAAUGCUUGAAAUAAAUUAAAUAAAUUUGUAGGUUGCUUUGAAGGUGCUGGAUGUAACUGUAAAGUUUUUUGCUCUAGAGGAAAGGAGGAAAGUUUUGCUGUAGAGGGAAGGGGGAGAUAAACUUGGACUGAGUAAUCAUGAGGAUAAGCCAGAUAGGAAAGGCCAUAUCAGUCCCUUUUCCUAUUAGCUCUGAAAUUCCUUCCUUCUCACAUCCCAACUUUGCUAUCGAACUGUGUAUUGUAUAAUCGUUUUUAAAAAUAAAGCUCUUUCUCGAACAGUGAACCUGG